UUGACACCAUAAGAUAAACAUGGUGGCCGCCACGGGCAAGAAAGUCGGCAAGAGCGACUUGAAACAAGAAGAAAUAAUCCAAGCUGUCGUGACUGCCGAUAACUUCAGUGACAGGUUCGCGCCUAUCACCAAGGAUCAUCCAUGGGUACUUAUGCCAUUGGUCCAUCGCCCGCUCAUCGACUACACGCUACAAUACCUCAGCAACGAAGGUGUCCAGGAGACCUUCGUUUUUUGCUGCUCACAUGCGGACAAGAUCAGAGAAUACAUCAAGGAGUCGAAGUGGUCCGAUGCCGACAGCAAGAUGAGCGUGAGCGUGUUGUCCUCAGAGGACUACCUGUCAGUGGGCGACAUGAUCCGUGACCUGGAUGCCAAGGCUCUUAUUCGCUCGGAUUUCAUCCUGCUGGAUGGGGCUACUGUGGCCAAUGUGCCGCUGCGACCAAUCGUUGAGGAGCACAGAAAAACAGUUGCGAGGGACAAGGGUGCCCUAAUGACAUUGGUGCAUCGGCGGCUGCCCCCAUGGCACCGACGUCGGUGUCGUGAGGAUGACAGUGCGGUGGCCCUCAAUCCGGAGACAGGCAAGCUCCUGCACCACAUCAAGACCAGCACCACCAACAAGUGUGACUUUCCCCUGAGCAUAUUCCAGGAGCAGUCACGGGUGUCCCUUCACUAUGACCUGCAGGACUGCCACGUGGCUGUGUGCUCGCCACAUGUGCCGCCCAUCUUCGCCGACAACUUUGACUACCAGACCCGCCUCGACUUCGUACGUGGCAUCCUCGAGCACGAAGAGAUUAUGGGCAAUUCAAUUUACGUGCACAUCACCGACACCUGCUAUGCGGCUUCAGCAUGCAACCUCGUCAUGUAUGAUGCCGUCAGCCAGGACGUGCUGCAGAGGUGGAGCCAUCCGCUUGUGCCCGACCAGUUUGCCAAGGAGAGCGGCCCGGCAUGUGUCUAUCACCGGCACAAUAUCUACAAACCCACUGCAGGACUGCAACUCUCAAGGAGCUGUGUCUUGGAGCCCAGCACGUUUGUCGGCUCUGGCACCAGGAUUGGGGACAACACCGUAGUGGCGAACUCUGUGAUUGGCCGGAACUGCACCAUUGGUCGCAAUGUGCAGCUGCGAAAUGCCUACCUGUGGGACGACGUGGUCGUGGAGGAUGACUGCCGCCUGCAACAAUGCCUGCUGGCCAGUGGUGUGGUCGUAAAGCACAACGUCACCGUGACACCCGGAUGCGUGCUUUCCUUCGGAGUGGUGGUGGGACCCAACAUCAAGUUAAAGGAAGGCACUUUGCUCCAGUCCACACCCGAUACAGACGGCUUUGAGGACGAGCCAGGACACGUUGAAGAGUGCAACCCUACCCUGGUCGGCAAGGAAGGGCGCGGCUUCCUCUGUCGUCCAGAGGAGGAAGAUGAUGAUGAUGACGACAACGAGGCUCUGCCCGAGGACGUUUGGGGAAGGCCACCGCCUCCCUCGGAGGACGAGGACAGUGGUCCCGAGGAGGACGACCUCUCUUCAGAUGGCUCCGCAUCACCUGUCGACGACACGAAGUUGUUCUACAACGAGGUUGUGGAGAGCCUGCAGCGUGGUGUCGAGGAGAACGUCAAGUGCGACAACCUCAUCCUCGAGAUCAACUCUUCGAGGUACGCAUACAACAUUGCCAUGCGCGGGGUGAUAGCAGUCGUGACACGGGUGGUGCUGGAGAUGCCCCUGCUGCUUACGAGCCCGGCAGGCGGUGGCGGGGAGGCGGCGACCCAGCCGAGCGCGGCAGAGUACGGCAGCAAGCUGCGCAAGUGCCUCGCUCAGUUCCGUGCCCUGCUGCUGAACUACGUCCGAGAUCCAGAGUCCAUGGCAGACUGCCUGCUUGGGCUUGAGGAGUUUGUUGCAUUGCAUGAACAGUACUCUGCCGCUGUCGGAGGCAUCCUCAAGUGGAUGUACGACCAGGAGCUGCUGUCUGAGGAGGCCAUCGUCCAUUGGUUCCAGGAGCACAGUCCUAGCACCCCUGGUCCAGCUGGGCUGGUCAGGAAGGCAGGUGCCAAAUUCGUACAGUGGCUGCAGGAAGCCGAAGAAGAAAGCGACGAGAGCGAAGAGGAAAGCGAUUAGUUUGAAUAAAUUAAUACUCACUCCUUCACUCCUGA